AUGCAUAUAUUCCUGCGGUUCCCGUUUGUACGUGAUAUCAAGGACACCGAUUUCCGGCGCGGUCACAUCCAAGGCUCCAUCACAACGACUGCGGGGUUCAACGGCGUCGAGUUAGUAAGAUGCGUCGACACCUGCGUUUGGGAGACAAAGCCUCCUACAACAACGACAGAGCCUCCAACAACAACGACAGAUCCUCCAACAACAACGACAGAGCCUCCAACAACCACUACAGAGCCUCCAACAACCACUACAGAGCCUCCAACAACCACUACAGAGCCUCCACAACAACACAGAGCCUACCAACAGACCUACCACUACAGAACAAGACAAACCACUACAGAGCCUCCAACAACCACUACAGAGCCUCCAACAACCACUACAGAGCCUCCAACAACCACUAGAGCACUCCAACAACCACUACAGAGCCUCCAACAAAACCACUACAGAGCCUCCAACAACCACUACAGAGCCUCCACAACAACGACAGAGCCUCCAACGACGACAGAGCCUCCAACAACAACGACAGAGCCUCCAACAACGACGACAGAGCCUCCAACAACAACAGAACCUCCAACAACGACGACAGAGCCUCCAACAACGACGACAGAGCCUCCAACAACAACGACAGAAGCAACCACAGAGCCUCCAACUACAACCACAAGCCUCCAAGCACACCACGGAGCCCAACCACAACACAGAGCCUCCAACCACAACCACAGAGCUCCAACUACAACCACAGAGCCUCCAACACAACCCAACAACCACAACACACAGAGCCUCCAACUACAACCACAGAGCCCAACCACAACCACAGAGCCUCACAGAGGCCUCCAAUACAACCACAGCAACACAGAGCCUCCAACCACAACCACAGAGCCUCCAACUACAACCACAGAGCAACCAACCACAGAGCCUCCACCACAACCACAGGCCUCCAACCACAACACAGAGCCUCACAACCACAGAACCUCCAACAACACAGAGCCUCCACCACAACCACAGAGCUCCAACCACAACCACAGAACCUCAACCCACAACCACAGAAGCCUCCAAAAUACAACCACAGAGCCUCAACCACAAACCACAGAGCACAACAGAGCCUCCAACCACAACCACAGAGCCUCCAAACACAACCACAGAGCCCCAACCACAACCACAGAGCCUCCAACUACACAGAACAACAACCACAGAGCCAACCACAGAGCUCCAACCACAAACCACAGAGCCUCCACACAACCACAGAGCCUCAAAACUACAACCACCACAGAACAACUUCACAAAGCUAACAGAGCCUCCAACCACAACCACGAGCCUCCAACUACAACCACAGAGCCUCCAACCACAACCACAGAGCUCCAACUACAACCACAGAGCCUCAACCACAAACCCACCAGAGCCUCCAACCACAACCACAGAGCCUCCACACACCCACAGAGCCUCAACCACAACCACAAGCCUCCAAGAGAACCUCCAACCACAACCACAGACCAAACACAACAGCCUCCAACUACAACCACAGAACCUCCAACUACAACCACAGAGCCUCCAACUACAACUGAACUUCCAAAUACAACCACAGAGCCUCCACCCACAACCGCAGAGCCUCCAAGCACAACCACAGAAUCUCCAACCACAACCACAGAGCCUCCAACCACAACCAAGAGCCCUCCAACUACAACUGAACUUCCAACUACCAACACAGAGCCUCCAACCACAACCACAGAGCCUCCAACCACAACCACAGACCUCCAACCACAGAACCACAGAAGCCUCCAACUACAACUGAAACAACCUACAACAACUCUUCCAACCACAACCACAGAGCCUCCAACCACAACCACAGAGCCUCCAACUACAACUGAACUUCCAACUACAACCACAGAAGCCUCCAACUACAACCACAGAGCUCCACACAACCACAGACUCCUCCAACCACAACCACAGAGCCUCCAACUCCACAACCAACAGAGCCUACCACAGACAACUAUCACAACUGAGCCUCCAACACAAACCACAGAGCCUCCAACCACAACCACAGAGCCUCCAACCACAAAACCACAGAGCGGCAACCUCCAACCACAACACAGAGAGAGCCUCCAACCACAACCACAGAGCCUCCAACUACAACAGCAGGUAGAAGACUAUUCAGAAGAUUGA